CCUGUCCUGAUGUCAAAGCAGUUUGCAUACUGACUUCCGCCCCGCUCGGCUUUCCCUCCCUCUGCAUCGGCCGGCGAGCAGCUGAUAUGACAGGAGGAUACAGUAUCACACCGUGAAAAGCUGACUUAAAAACUUCAUGUGGAAAGUAGGCUGAUGUGGCGGGUGCUCGAUACAGGUGUCAUAAGGAUUAGGGGAAACGGAGGAGUCUUUUCUUUUUUUGAUGCGAUGGGAUUUGCUACUUUCGUGUGAAGAGGCGGACCUAUGAGACGCUCAAUAUGCUGAAGCUGUCCCCGGUGUUUGUAUACUGUACGUGGAAGUACAGAGACUAUUUUCUUCAAACUCACAGGCCUACGUAAGGAUUUAACACUUGAUAUUAUUCCUAUCUCCCGGAUAUCUUGGGUAGAACAGCUCACUACCAUUGGGUCUGUUUUUGUUUUGAGGGGAUUCCUUCUGAGGCUGCAUGUGCUGUGGAGCCUAUUCACCACACGGUCUUUUCCCCUAGCAAUAUCUUUUUUAUAAAUUCAUACAAUUAGACAUGGGGGUCUGGCUUGCCGUAGCUCCAAGCAGGCAUUCCUCUGAAACAGCCAGUAAACGCAUUAGAGGCUAUUAAUCUUUUUUGGAGGGGUCUUAUUUCAAAGUCGUUGACCCACGAUGAACUAUUACUUAGUAGGUAUUUUUUCGUGACAGCAAUGAGUGCUAAUUGUCUAGCAAAUUGCCGGAUUAUUCUUGAAGUUCUUUAUUUUUAAGGUGUCUCUUUUAAUUGUGACACCCCGUAUUUCUUCUGCUUAAAAAAUACUAUUUUUCUCUUUUUUUUUUUUUUUGACUGGCUACUGCUGGUCUGAACCUGACAUUUUUUUCUUCGGGAUUGCCCCAGUCAUCCCCACUGUAACGGAUACCUAGGCUUUCCCCUCAUUUUGUUCCACCAUGAGUUACAUCCACAAGGUGUUGAAUGUAUUGCUACGUGGACUCGUCAUCUAUGCGGUACUGGGGUGCACUUACUCGAAUGAUCUACCCAGCAGCCCCCAGUCUGAUGCUGCAAAUGUAGCCACCACAGACCCCUGUCUCAUCGUGAUGCCGCCAUGCAUGGGCGAGGAGGACCGCUUCAGUCUGGAUGCGCUGCGGCACAUCCACAAACAGCUGGACGACGACAACGACGGGGGAAUAGAAGUCAACGAGAGUGUGGAGAUAGUCAUCAGGGUUGACGCCGUGCUCCUCUCCCACCCUGACCCCUACCCUGGAGCCUGCCAUACGCUGUGGGGAAACUAG